CCGUGCGAGAAAGACCCGAGCUCUGGGAGCGAGCGCCUGUCUCUUUAAAUGCUAGGGGCUGCGCUCCCGCUCUGGGAGCCCGGAGCCGGAUCUACAAUCCCGUCCCUCCCGCUCCGGCGCUUGUUGCUCGCCCGGCCCGAGCGGGAGCUGCCGCCGCCGGGCACCGAGGCUGCUUCCUUCUCCUUCUUCUGGAGAACCCCACCUCCUCCCCCCCCCCCGCGAGAUCCGGUUGAGGGGGUGAAGCAGCCCCAGCAGGAGGGAAGGGGUGCGGCGUGAAGAGGCGUCGCUCCCCGCCUUCAAGUCUUGAGGCUCUACGUAGCCGCGGGGGGCAAGACAUGCUCUGCUCCCUCCCGCCCAGCCUCGCAGUCGCCGGCGCCGGGAGAGGAGAGACUGCGGAGCCCACACCUGCAAACUCGCCCUAGAAGUCUCAGGGUGCGGCGGGGUAGGGGGCGGGGGGCUCCCAAUUCCCCACGGCCUCCACUUCUAGGCGGGCAGGGCCUUGGCGGAAACAGUAGGAGUCGCUGAUGCAAUGGGCUUCUGCCCGGGCGAGGUCAAGGGCUGGGGGCAGGGGCGAGCUGGAGUUGCCCGGCCUUCUGUGACUGUCGCCCUGAAGGCAGAAAAGUGAGAGAGAAAGCUCGCUGCAUCUGACAUUUCCCCGUAAAAUGACUCCAGGUGCCCGGCCCCCAGUUUUUCUUUCUCGUCUUUAAGAACAGAUCGCCCAUAUCACGGAGGAGCGCCUCCUACACGGCUUCCUUGCCUUCCUCUCCCAACAGGUGGUCUCAACCCCUGUCCGGGGACCGGUGCCAAUGACCCUAGUGGUGGUUUCACUUUCUCCUCUGCCGGCGGCGUGAACGUGUGCCCGCAGCGUGAUGGGCAACCAGGUGGAGAAACUGACCCACCUAAGUUACAAAGAAGUGCCCACCGCCGACCCGACGGGCGUGGAUCGGGACGAUGGGCCCCGCAUCGGGGUCUCCUACAUCUUCUCCAAUGACGACGAGGACAUGGAGCCGCAGCCGCCGCCCCAGGGGCCGGACGGCGGGGACGGGCCGUCGCUGCCCCCGCCGCAACCCUAUGACCCGCGGCUGCACGAAGUGGAGUGCUCCGUGUUCUACCGCGAUGAAUGCAUCUACCAGAAAAGCUUCUCGCCGGGUUCUGCGGCCCUGAGCACCUACACGCCCGAGAACCUGCUCAACAAGUGCAGGCCUGGUGAUCUGGUGGAGUUCGUGUCGCAGGCGCAGUACCCACACUGGGCAGUCUACGUGGGCAACUUCCAGGUAGUGCAUUUGCACCGACUAGAGGUGAGCAACAGCUUCCUGACGGACGCGAGCCAGGGUCGGCGCGGCCGCGUGGUGAACGAUUUGUACCGCUACAAACCGCUGAGCCCCAGCGCUGUGGUGCGCAACGCGCUAGCGCACGUGGGCGCCAAGGAACGCGAGCUGAGCUGGCGCAACUCGGAGAGCUUCGCCGCCUGGUGCCGCUACGGCAAGCGCGAGUUCAAGAUCGGCGGCGAGCUGCGCAUCGGCAAGCAGCCCUAUCGGCUGCAAAUCCAGCUCUCUGCGCAGCGCAGCCACACGCUCGAGUUCCAGAGCCUGGAGGACCUGAUCAUGGAGAAGCGGCGCAACGACCAGAUCGGGCGCACCGCGGUCCUGCAGGAGCUGGCCACGCACCUGCACCCCGUCGAGCCGGACGAGGGCGACAGCGACGCUGCGCGGACUACGCCGCCUCCCGGGCGCCUCCCCGCGCCCGGCCGGGAGGAGGAGGAGGACCGAGAAACGGUGGUGCACUGAGGGGGGAGCUGAGGAGCUGUUUGCAGCAGCCGCCGCCCGUGCCCGCUCCCGCCUCUCCCUCCUUCCUCCACCACCUUCUGGGCCCCAUCUGGGCUCCUGGGCCAUUUGGAAAACGGAGAGUUGGCGCAAAGCGCAGCCAGCUGUGGCUUGAGUUUGUUAUCUUGGACGGAGGAGGAAGAGGGAGCAGGUAGGAGCACUUUGGCCGGGGGCGCUUCUCGGCCUUUUGCCCACUGGCUCAAUCCGCCUUCUUUUCCCGAGGUGAGGCAAACUGUGGACUUGCCAGACACUUGAAUCCCUGCUGGACUUGGGUCUAAAAAUCAGCUCUUCUGAAUUUGGGGAUGGAGACAAGUUCGGAAUGCCAAUGCCUGCCGCUGCCUUCUGCCCGCUUCCCCUCCUACCCUGAGUUUGGAGGAUGCCCUGUAUAGUAAGGCCAGAGCAGGUUUGUGGUGUGCUUCCACCCCCGCCACUCCCCGAGGAGCAAUUUUAUGGUUUUCCUGGGGUGCAAGGCUGGUGAAACCUGGACCAGGUCUGGGAUCUGCAGACUGAAACCAAACAACCCCCUGUGAAGUGUAACAAAUAGUUGAGUAAUCUUGGGCUGCAAAACAAAGACUUGGCUACCUCAGCCCGCCCCAUCCCCCAGCGAUUUGUCUUUUGGAGCUGGCUUCUGGCUGAAUCUCCUGAGCGGCCCACCGGUUCCCAGGUUUCAAGUAAAUCGUUGUCACAGGCCAGCUAAGGGAAGGAUUCUAUUCUGGUUCUGUUUUGCCGCCUUUGUUUAUAGCCUGCUAUUGUAGGCACUUAAGAGCUGCUGUGUUUGUCAUCAAAGGAGGGAAAAGCCCUUUGUGUCUCUGAUCUAAUUAAACCUGCGUGGCCAUGUUCAUCCUCAGGUCAAUUUCCUGUCAAUCCCCACGCCGACCCCCUUCUGGUAUAGUGAAGGUAACUUGUUUUCUUAAUUUAAGGCUUUGGUGGUGGUCCUGUGAAUUUUUUUUACCCUUUAUCUUUUGUCUCACCCCCUUUAUUCCUGUUUUGCCUGAGGUCAAAUUUUUGGCCUGAGGCAUAUUUCAAUGAUAAGGUAUUGCUAGCCACACUUGAUACAAUAUGUAAGUGAAAGUCCCUCAGUCAUGUCACUGAGCUCAGUUGCUCAGUCACUUUGUGAUCCCGUGGACUAUACAGUUAUUUUGUGACUCAGUUUUUACCGUUAGCGUAGGGUCAUAUUUGAAUGAUCCAUAUUUAAGUGAUACAGCCAUGGCCAUCCUCAGGCAUCCUGCCUGGAGAUCUUUAAAUCAAGGCAGCAAAACUUGAAGGAUUUCCUUGUACUCUUACAUUUUUUUUCAAACUUAGGAAGUCGAGGCCAUAAGUUUUAAAAGCCUAGACCUUCAUAGCACCACAACAUGAAUUCAUUUAAUUACAAGGGCGUAGGCUAUGUUGCCUGUUUUCACAGGAAUCCCCAGACAUGUCCUAUCACUUUGACUGUUAAAGAUGAACCACACUCAGCUCUGGUCCAGGACUUGGGAGAAACAUCCGUGUCCUGUUGAAAAUGUUAAUCCAGUUUCCUUCUUUAAUAAUCUCACAGCUUUGUGUUUGUUUUCUUUUGCUUGUGGAAAAGCGGAGCAAGGUAAAAUGGGUAAAGACAUUUAGGAGAGCCUAUUAGAUUUGAACUGUCUUUUGUGUUGAACACAGUCAAGGGAAAGUUGAACGUAAUGACCAUUGUGUAGGCAGCAGGAGGGAAGAACAGAACAGCACUGGUCUAGCAGCUCUGGGCCAGCUCGCAUCCACUCUCGGAUCUCUGUCUCCCUCUUUCAACCCUCAGUGGAAAGUGAAUGUCAUCAGGCACAGGGAUCGCAAUGACUCUUUGUUGCAGCUUUGUGAGAAAUCUCAACUUGAAGGAAGAACUCCUAUAUAAUCCACAUCUGUAGUAGCAAUUCUGCCUCUCAGGAAGAGGUUUUUGAUAACAGGACUUGAAAAUGAGCUAGAAGAGUUAAGAGAUCUUCGGAUGCGGCUUUUUCAUGUGUUUUUACAGAGCAACAGAGAUGUGAAGUACGUACAUAAUGCUUUUGGAACUGUGAUUCUGUUGGAAGUUUUAUUAGGGUUGUCAUAGUUAAAGUAAAGCAUCAACCAGCCAGUGGAAGUUGCAAAGAAAGGGGAUCGAAUCAACUGUUGGCAUCUUUCUUGAAGAUGUGGAUAAGAGUUUUGAAUGUCCAGACAAUGGCUACAUCUGGCACUUUAAAAUAUAUAUAUAUAUAUAUAUUUAAUUUUUGUUUCUCCUUAGGACUAAGACUCUAGAACUGUUCUGUACUGUGAAUUACAGAUGCUCUUUGAAGGCAAGGAAUAUUGAUUCUCAUGUUCUUCAGAAGCUCUGGCAGGGAUAAGCAAGACACUCAACUGGAACGGAUGCUAAAUGUAAUCAGACAAAUUCUAUUUUCUUACUUAAGCAAAUAUUUUAUUGAGACUGCUUAUGUAUAGCAAAGGAGCCCACAACUUCAGCUACACAACUUUUUAUAUUGAAAGAACUCAUACUUUUUGUAGCUUUUAUUCCACAUUUAAUUUAAAAUGACUUUAUAGCACUAACACACGUAGCAGAAGACUUUACUCCAGACCUUUAUGGAAAUUUUUAAUUUUUAUGAAAAAAUAAUACUUCAGUGGUUACAUUUCUCAUGUCUUUGGUGCUUCUGUCCCUAAUAGCACCAGUCAACAACACGGAAACAUAUUUUUGGAAGCAAAACUUUAAUUUUCUACAACAUAUAAUAUGGAUAAUGAAAAAAAUUUAAGGACUACUUGUUUCCUCUAUUUUUUUUUCCCCUUAGAAUGGAAUCCACUGUGUUGAAGACUUGAUAUUAUGUGAUUAUCUAACUUUUUUUUUUUUUUGAAAUUAGAAUAAAAUCUGUUGUGUCAUGAUCAUUGAAAGGGUUUGUUUGGGAAGUUAUGUUUUAUUUGUGAGUUUUUUUUUUUUAAUCAAGGUAUCUAAACAAUUGGUUUAUUCGACUUUUCAUUAUAUUGUCUUGUUCUUACUGAUAAUACCUGUAACCCAUGGAGAAUUAUAUCAGUUAACUUGAUAAAUUCCACAUGCAUUUUAUUUCCUAGUGAAUUGUGUAAACUUCAUUUUUGUUGACAAUUAUAUGUUAAAUCAAUGUUAUGUUCUCAAACCACUUCUUGAGAAGGAGGUUCCGAUUUGAAACUGUAUCAUUUCCUUCAAAAUGAAGGGCAAGUGCUUAGUUAAAUAAAAAGAUUGAUGACAUCUUUUAAACCAUUUCUUCCUCACUAUGUCUCAUUACAAUAAAAUCUGUCAAAUCCUUUUGAAAAAUGCUCUGAGGGUUUCCAAUAAACCACCUAUUAGUAUUAACUACA